GCACCCGCGGCUCACGCCGCGCCGCGCAGCCCCGCGGAGGCUCCGCGGGCAGGGCCGGGCAGGAGCCCGCCCGCUCGGAGCCUCCGCCAGCCCCCUCGGAGCGCAACCCCCCGCACGCGUGUUCUGCCCACCCGAUCAGCCGAGGGGGGCGGCGGGGCGCGGCAGGUCUCCUCGCCCUGACGGCGCCCCCGGCCCCCGCGGUGCCUUGCGCGGCCGCGGAGGAACGGCGGACCCGCUCCUCGCCCGCGGGGUGCCGCCGCCGCGCCCCCCCACCCCACCCGACCCCACCCCACCCGGGGCGGUGCCGCACCGCGGGGCGUACCGCUGGUGGAGCGGCGCGGCGGGGCCGGAGGCGCCGUGCGCGCCCCGCGGAGCGCCCCGCGGAAGAUGGCGUACAUCCAGUUGGAACCAAUAAAUGAGGGUCUGCUUGCAAGAAUCUCGGAUCUCUUGCUGUGCCGGUGGACUUGUAGAAAUUGUUGUCAGAAGUGUUUCGACUGUAGCUGUUGUCAAACAAAUGAAGAUGAAGUUGAAAUCCUGGGACCUUUUCCUGCUCAAACUCCAGCCUGGCUGAUAAGCAGCCAAAAUGAGGACAAAGAUGGAGACUCCGAUAAUACAAUCAGUGAGCUGCCUCCCACUCUUCAGGAUGUUUCCCCUGACAGAAGGCGGUCAUCUUCAGAUGCGUCACGGUCCACUUACAGCCUCACAAGGCGGAUUUCAAGUUUAGAGUCGAGGAGGCCAAGUUCUCCAUUAAUUGACAUUAAGCCUAUCGAGUUUGGAAUAAUAGGAGCUAAGAAAGAAAUAGUUCAGCCAACUAUCCUGCGAAAAACCUAUACCCCAGAUGACUAUUUUAGAAAAUUUGAACCAAGACUGUACUCUCUUGACUCGAAUAGUGAUGAUAUGGACUCCUUGACGGAUGAGGAGAUCUUAUCAAAGUAUCAGCUGGGCAUGCUGCAUUUUAGCACUCAGUAUGACCUGUUGCAUAAUUAUCUAAUAGUGCGAGUCAUUGAGGCUAGAGAUCUGCCUCCUCCAAUUUCUUACGAUGGUUCAAGGCAAGAUAUGGCUCACUCCAACCCCUACGUCAAGAUCUGCCUUCUUCCUGAUCAGAAGAACUCCAAGCAGACCGGAGUGAAACGCAAAACGCAGAACCCGGUGUUUGAAGAGAGGUACACAUUUGAAAUCCCCUUUUUAGAAGCCCAGAGAAGAACUCUGCUUUUAACCGUAGUGGAUUUUGACAAAUUCUCACGCCAUUGUGUUAUUGGCAAAGUGUCAAUGCCCUUGAGUGAUGUAGACCUCGUGAAAGGUGGACACUGGUGGAAAGCCCUUGUGCCUAGUUCUCAGAAUGAAGUGGAGCUGGGAGAGCUGCUCUUGUCACUAAAUUACCUACCCAGCGCGGGAAGACUGAAUGUGGACAUCAUUAGAGCAAAACAGCUUCUUCAGACAGACAUGAGCCAAGGUUCAGAUCCCUUUGUGAAAAUUCAGCUUGUUCAUGGAUUAAAGUUAACAAAAACCAAGAAGACCUCCUGCAUGCGGGGCACAAUAGAUCCCUUCUACAAUGAGUCCUUCAGCUUCAAGGUUCCACAGGAAGAACUGGAGAAUGCCAGCCUAGUGUUCACAGUGUAUGGGCACAAUGUGAAGAGCAGCAAUGACUUCAUUGGGAGGAUUGUGAUCGGGCAGUACUCAACAGGCGCCCCCGAGUCCAACCACUGGCGCCGGAUGCUCAACGCACACCGGACGGCUGUGGAGCAGUGGCACAGCCUGCGGUCCCGGGAGGAGUGUGACCGCGUCUCUCCAGCAUCCCUGGAGGUAACAUGAGGUGGGGCACUAACAGCAGCCAGACCAAGCAGGCGGACGAAGUAAAAAAUAAACCACCGACCGAAACACCCCACCUCACACCCUACAUGCACCCCACAGCAGCUCCGUUGGAUUGAAGUGGCUGCCAGCACCCAACCGGCAGCGCUGGCCUCUGCGAACCGUGUCCCACCAGGUCCUGGCUGUUCCCCUGGGGCCACCAGCAGCCCAGGUGGCCGGACCUCUCGCUGCUCGCACGCGGCACUGCUCGGCUGUUUGCAUCCUGUGCAGCGGAGCACGUGGCCAGGCGGCAUGGGCUGUGCAUGGAGGUGCCGCGGGAAGUGCUGAGCGGGUGGAAGAGUUGGGAGUUGCCUCUGCUGUCCUUCCAGUCCAAAUCCAUGGUUCAUCCUCUUGGAGAUCUAAGUACACGUGUGCUCUCGUUGGUGAACGUGGUAAUUAGGCUAGAAUAUUUUUUUAAACGGUAGAACCUGUGGUGAAAUCGAUUCUGACUCCAGUUUUGUCCUUGUACUAGUUUUAACAGAAUUAAGCUCCUGUUAGUAUGUACACGUGCAUUUGUGUGCUGGGGCACGCGCAUGUGCGUGGGGCCCAUUGUCAAACAGAUCCGAUGUCACAUCAGCGGUGAGACCUGCCACUCUAGAUAGCAGUCUGUGUGCAUCAAGUAGAUACAGUGAUGAUAUAGCAAAGUAAACAUUUCCAAUAGCAUUUGUACCAGGAAAGCCAGCUCUUGUCUUUUCAAACCUGUGUUACGCAAAAGAAACCUGCUGCAGGGACUUUUGCGGUUAAGAUCCAAAAUACACAAUUUUAAUUCUCUCACAGACUGCAGUGGCUCUUUCUGUGUUGUAUGUGUUAACUGAGGUAGUUUCCAGGUCACCAAGUGAACUUAGCUACAGUCAAGCUGUCCUGUUGGUUGCUUCUGUACAUUUUAUUUUUUCACAGCAUAUUGUCUGGUAUGAUGCAGAUUGUAUAUUUAUUGAAAAUAAAAUUCUAUUUAA